CAGGAGGGGCAACAGGGGGAUAGGGAAGCGACCUCAAAGCCCAUCCAGUUCCAUCCCCAACCGUGGGCAGGGACACUUCCCACCAGAUCAAGUUGCCCAAAAGCCCAUCCACCCUGGCCUUGAACACCUCCAGGAAUGGGGCAGCCAUCACUUGUCUGGGCAUAUAGAAGUACUGCAGCGCAAGCUCUUUCUGUGAAACUGCUGGGUUUUAUGUGUCUGAAUUAUUCCCUUCAGCAGAAGUUAUUAGGAAAAAUAUUUAUGGUGCUGUUAAUUCUGGCGUGUCCUGACACUUCUCAGGUGGUAUACUCUGCACACACCGGCACCGUGACUGGUGUUGAACCCAGCAGUUGUGCCCGUGUAGGGCGAGAAUAACCAGUAGAGAGUGAGUAACCAGGGUUCUACCCGUCAGCACGCAACGCUGGGGAAGGUGUAAUUGUCAGUGCAGAAUGUGUUAUGUGUGAGUGGAACGUGAAGCACUCUGGUGUGGCCAGACCGUUCCAGCGCGUGGAACGUGAGCUGCUCAGGUUCUCACAAUUCAAAUUGCAUUUACAGGUUGGCAGCAGUGACAUAGCAAGCAUCUGAUCUGUGUCCUUCUUCAAAAAAGAGAUGCUGGUUGAACAGCUGUAAAAAAUACCACCUAAAGUAUCAAAAGGUUCUCUUGUGGGUACAAAUGCAGAGGAGUGAAGCAGUUGUUGUGUUGUGGCAAUUUACCUACAAGGACAUAAAAUAUAAAGUGAAAGGUCCUCAGAUUAAAUCAGUGAAAUUUUAAGCAGUUGAUACCCAAAAUGAUGUCUUUUCCCUAAUCGGAUUUUUAAAAUUCUGCGUAAUUUUCUUUAAAAACUAAACAUCGUUAUAAAAGUAAUCAAAUAGGUUUCUGUACCUUACACAAAGGAUUAUUCUGAGGAAGAUGGUCUUUCAACAUUGUUUUAUGUUGAACCAUUCAACAUUUAGAAUGGUUUGAUUUUAAAUUGUUAUUACUGUAGUAUGAUGAAAGUUGGCCUGGUGAGGACUCUGCCGUGUCCUGUUUUUCUCUUCCAUGCCUUUAACUCACAUCCCAAUAUCUUUUAUUGCAGGAGAUGCCAGUGCAUGGAACACAAAUUAACUUAAGCUGACACGAGGCUGUGGACGCCUGAAAAAGGGAAAAUAGGAGAAGCUGUGCUCUGUGCUUUCUAGCUGACCUGUUGCGAGUACGUCUUGGAGCAUGCCUUCUACUUAGCAGGGAACUUAAGUUCAGGCACAGGAGGUUGUAAACAUAAAAAGUUUGAAUAUGGGUGAAAAGAAACCAGAGCCUCUAGACUUCGUAAAAGAUUUCCAGGAAUACCUUACGCAGCAGACUCACCAUGUGAACAUGAUUUCAGGAUCCGUUAGUGGAGACAAGGAAGCAGAGACUCUUCAGGGAGCUGGAACUGAAGGGGAUCAGAAUGGCCUGGAUCACCCUUCUGUUGAAGUUUCACUGGAUGAAAACUCAGGAAUGUUAGUGGAUGGGUUUGAAAGGACCUUUGACGGGAAGUUGAAGUGUCGAUACUGCAACUAUGCCAGCAAAGGAACAGCGCGGCUCAUAGAGCACAUCAGGAUUCACACAGGUGAGAAGCCACACAGAUGCCAUUUGUGUCCCUUUGCCUCGGCUUAUGAGCGUCACCUGGAAGCUCACAUGCGGUCGCACACUGGUGAGAAACCAUACAAGUGUGAGUUGUGCUCCUUUCGCUGCAGUGACCGAAGCAACUUGUCUCACCACCGCAGGCGCAAACACAAGAUGGUGCCCAUCAAGGGGACGAGGUCUUCCCUCAGUAGCAAGAAGAUGUGGGGGGUUUUGCAGAAGAAGACUGGCAAUCUGGGGUACAGUAGAAGAGCAUUAAUUAAUCUGAGUCCACCUUCCAUGGUGGUUCAGAAACCAGACUACCUUAACGAUUUCACUCAUGAAAUCCCCAAUAUCCAGACUGAGGCAUAUGAGAGCAUGGCAAAACCAUCCCAGAGCAGUGGGUUGCCAAGAGAUCCACAAGACCUUAUGGUAGAUAAUCCUUUAAACCAGCUCUCUACACUGGCCGGACAGUUAUCCAGCUUGCCACCCGAAAGCCAAAACCCAACCUCUCCUGAUGUUGUUUCCUGCCAAGACGAAAAGCCGUUCAUGAUGCAGCAGCCUGCGGCCCCUGCGGGAGCUUCCAAUGCAUCAGCGAACGUUCCUCAGAGCUCCUCUCCCACCAGCCCAGAUCCACGGCCCACCCACAACCCCAGAAACUACAGCCCAGUGGCGGGUCCCAGCAGCGACCGCAGCGCCCACACCAGUACUCCCAGCAUCAGCAACAGCCAGCCCAGUACCCCAGCUCCGACCCUCCCGGUGCAGGACCCCCAGCUCCUGCACCACUGCCAGCACUGUGACAUGUACUUUGCAGACAAUAUCCUUUAUACCAUUCACAUGGGAUGUCAUGGGUUCGAAAACCCCUUUCAGUGCAACAUCUGUGGGUGUAAGUGUAAAAACAAGUACGACUUUGCUUGCCAUUUUGCCCGAGGCCAGCACAGCCAGCACUGACUGCGAAUGUGCUCCUGUUUAGUUUUUUAACGUAUUACAGUAUAUUUUUCAUACUU